AUGCAUGAUUCGGUGCAGGAGGUAAUUAAAACGCGUCGUUUUCUGAAGGAGCGACUGCAGCGCGACUACAGCACACUCCGUGGCUACGAGGCGGAGCGUUCCAAUGUGCGGCAGCUGCUGCAACGCACAGCCGAAAUGGGCGAAUCAAAUUCUUUGCUUUUGAUAGGGCCGCGCGGCGCUGGCAAGACCACACUAAUAAAUGCCGUGCUCACGGAUUUGAUGGAGAACAAAUCGUUUGUGGACAACACGCUCAUUGUGCACCUGGAUGGAAAUCUGCACACAGACGAUCGCAUUGCUCUUAAAUCAAUUACUGUGCAAAUGCGCCUAGAGAAUGCGGCCGACGGCAAGGUGUUUGGCUCUUUUGCUGAGAAUCUGGCCUUUCUGCUGCAGUGCCUCAAGGCGGGCGACAAGAAGUCCAAAAGCGUUGUUUUCGUGCUGGAGGAAUUCGAUCUCUUUUGCACACAUCACAAUCAAACCCUGCUGUACAAUUUGUUCGAUGUAUCGCAGUCAGCGCAGGCGCCAAUUUGUGUGCUGGGCGUGACCUGCCGCCUAGAUGUCAUUGAGCUGCUCGAGAAGCGCGUCAAAUCUCGAUUCUCGCACAGACAAGUGUUCCUCUUUCCCAGUGCCCACAAAUUCGAAGAGUAUGUGGCGCUCUUCCAGCAGCUAAUGAGCAUACCCAGCAGCAAGGAGCUGCAAACAGCGGCUGAUCGCGUUGACAGCCUGGAGCUGCUCAAAUCGGAAGCGUUUACCUUUCAACGUAAUCAUUUCGAUGGAGUUGAAUACAAUUUUGAUAAGAAGCAUAUGGAGAACUGGAACAAACAAAUUGCGAAACUUAGCAAGUCAGCAGCUGCACAGAAAACCCUGCAAAUGCUGUACGAUUUUGAUAUAAGCGAAGCAUUCCUCAAGACCUUUAUAUUCCGUCUGGUGGCACAGCUAAGACCGGAGGCUCCACAUAUUACGGGCGAGCAGCUCACAGCGCUGGCCGCUCAAUACGAAUGCGACGAUAAAGUGGAACUGCUCUGCGGUCUCUCAGUGCUGGAGCUGUGCCUGAUCAUUGCCAUAAAACAUCAUUCUAGCAUUUACGACAGAGAUCCGUUCAAUUUUGAAAUCAUAUUUGCGCGCUUCUCCAAGUUCGCCAAGGUGUCCUCGACCAUGCAGGGCGUGGAGCGCGCCGUAGUAUUAAAAGCCUUCGAGCAUUUGCGCAUUGUCGAGCUGAUUAUGCCCCUAUCCAGCAGCGGCAUGGGCAAGCUGCAAAAGGAGUUUGAAAUGCACAAAAUGGCUCUAACAUAUGGACAGAUCCAGCAGGCAGUGCAGCGCUAUCAGGCACUGCCCACGGAGGUGGCACAAUGGGCGCAGAGUUCAUUGAUCUGA